UUUGCCGAAUACAUAAAGUAUAUUGUAGUUUUGAUUGAAUAUGAUAAAAAUGUAUUGCUAUAUGCUAUAAUUAUAAAAUAAUCUAUAGUGAAAUAUAAUAUAAGAAAUCAAAUUUGUUUUAUUGCUGAUUACGGCUAGCAUACGUACCGAACAUUUAUCAUGCUCAACACAAGAGGAUUUUUUUUUACUUGCUACUAACAUUCAUACACAUUUUCGUUCUUCGAGGUCCCCCCUGACUGGCGGCACCCUAGAACGGCAGAAAUCGCGAUGUUCGGAUGGGCUUUUUAAGCAGACGUCUUACCCGGUUGAAGUACUAAAUGCAAGAGAGCGUUUAUUCGUCGUGUUCGUUCGAGGAGCAUAAGGACGAGUUCCUUAUGCGUUGUGUUUACGCCCACGUGUCGGGAUCUUACAAUUUGUGCUGCUAUCGAGCAGAUUCCUAAUUUAUAGCAUCGAGCUGAUUGUUUGCUGCUGUCGAGCAGUUCCCUACAUCACUCCCCCCUUUAAUAAAUUAAUAACAUUGCGGUAUUGUGGUCGCGCGACCAAAUCGUGUGGUGUACGUUUUUUUGUCGGUCACUGUCGUAGUGCUUUCUGGGAGAGGAUCUUGUUGCGCGAUGUUUUGGUCCACUGCGUCUAUGUAUGCAGCCUUCACACGAUCGAUCGAUACCUCUACGUUUCUACGAAAGUCUUAUCUUUUUUGUUAAUUAUCCUAAACGGUCCGUCGUAAGGAAGUGUUAGUGUCGGUCGCACGGCAUCGAUGCGUAGCCACACAUGCGUACAUGAUUUUAAUUCUUCUUGGAUAAACGGGAUGCUUUUGUUAUGAUGCUGAGUUUGUGUUGCUUUGAUCUGGCUCAUUGCUUGUUUUAUAUUAUCAACAUAUUCUUGUGUUGCACCUGUUUGCGUUCUACUUGUAUCGAACGUUUGCGUUCUACUUGUAUUCACCGGGCAAACGAAGUGUUGUUCCGUACGUUAACUCUGCUACGGUUGAACCUUUGUCUCUUUUUACGGUAGAUCGCAAACCUAGUAAUACGAGUGGUAAUGCUUCAGUCCAUCGCGUACGGUUGUGGCACAUUAUUGCGGAUUUUAAUUGUCGGUGUACUCUUUCUAUUUGGCCAUUAGCUUGCGGGUGAUACGGUGUUGUUCGGAAGGUUCCCUCGCUUAGCUAGUCUAUCAUAAUACAGUGUUGCAAUCGUGAUGAUUUUCUACAGCUACUACGACCAACUGAAUCUGGUCGAUACCACGAGGCCGAUCUAUCAAUCUGAUCUAUCAAUCGGAUCUAUCAAUUUGACAUUCAGUGAAGAAGAGAACAUAAGCAUCGAGUUCAACGUGAGUUUAAAUCUAACAGUUAGUGAAGCUGAAACCGGCAAUACUGACAAUGUAAUCGAUAGUUCAAAUGGCACCAUACCGUUAAAAGUUAGGGAUACGUUAUGGAUCGUUAUUCCGAUAAGUAUCAUCUACUCAACCAUUUUCGUAAUCGGUGUACUUGGAAACAUCAUCACCUGUAUUGUUAUAGCACGUAAUAAGUCUAUGCAUACCGCAACCAAUUACUACCUAUUUAGUUUAGCAAUUUCGGACUUAUUACUAUUGAUUACAGGCGUACCCCAGGAUAUUUACCAUGUAUGGUACAGAUUUCCAUAUCCUUUCGGUAGCGGUGUUUGUAAAAUAGUAAGCUUUGCUUCUGAAACUUUUGCAAACGCGACAGUGCUUACAAUAACGGCAUUCACCGUAGAAAGGUACGUUGCUAUCUGCAAACCCUUCCUGUCUCACACAAUGUCCAAACUAUCUCGAGCAGUCCGGUUUGUGCUAACUAUUUGGGUGAUUGCUUUUAGUUUAGCCAUUCCACAGGCUCUUUCGAUGCAAAUUGACACGCAAUUUCGUAUGUGUACUGUACGCCACGAGCAAACUAAGCAUCUUUUCUUCAUAUCAACUGUGGUUGUCUUUGUCUGUCCCAUGAGUGUAAUAACAAUUCUUUACAUGCUAAUCUGGCUACAGCUGCGUCGAUCUAAGGUAGUUCGAUGCGGAACUUUUCGAAGCUCGAGUGUUCGACUCAAGCAUAGCAUCUUCAAACGCGAUUCACAACGUACAAUCGUAACUUUGCACUGUGAUCAAAAUGUCUCACCACUACACCACUACAGUGAGAGUGCACUUACAAGCUCUAUGCAAGAUCCAGGACUUAUCAACAGUCUGCCAAUGUCAACUUCGCCUUACCUGUCCCACGCAAAAAGAUAUCCAGCAACCCCAGAACCUAAGGUUCGGCGAUCAGAAGAGGCAACAAAAGAAUCAGUUAUCUCGCUUACCAAACCGUCUCAUCACCGUCUAGAUCAACAGCGUAGGCAUAUGCAAAAUUUGGUAGCGUCCCAAUUUUGUUCCGCAAGACGUUCUUCAAUUGUGUUUAAAGAUUGUAGCAGCUCGAAGAGCGGAAUAAAUAGUCACAGAACAUUAGAACAGGAACUCUCGGGAGCUUCGGAAGACGGUCGAAUAAAUUAUUCAACCCGGGGUCAGUGCAACAGCAUGCGUCAUGUGGUGAAAAUGCUAGUGGCUGUCGUCAUAGCUUUUUUCCUAUGCUGGGCUCCAUUUCAUGCGCAACGGCUUAUGGCAGUUUAUGCAAAUGACUACAACCAAAACGCUGCUAUACGGAGAGGAUUCGAAAUUCUAACGUGCUUGUCUGGUAUACUGUACUACAUCUCAACCUGCAUCAAUCCGGUGCUGUAUAACAUCAUGAGUCACAAAUUCCGGGAAGCAUUCAAAGAAUGUAUCGGAGCACUAAAAUUCAAAUAAUUGCCAUUCGCUAAAGACGUGUCCAACAUUGCGAUCAUCAAUGCUAUAUUGCCGAAAUUAGACAGCGUCAAAGAGUACCGAAGUUGAGCCAUCGGUGUUUCUACUACAUUACAAAGAUUCCCGAAACUGGACAGCAGUAGGCCGAACCACUUUGUGGAUGUCCCCUGUAGUCGAUACCGAUCAGCAUUGACCAAACUACUGAAAUAUGUCCAAGCAAUGCGACAAGCACGGUUCCAUGCACAUAACCUGACCACAACCUACCAGGUAGAUAUUUCCGAACCGAACUAGGUGGGUACGAAAUCGAUAAAGAGCCGGUUCGUAUUCGGAUAGCCAACGAUUUAUGCUCCACCAGGCAGAAAGCAACUCAACCGUUGGUCAUCGGUGGGCUUUCGUGGGUAUAAUCGGUAUCAUCCACCAGCAUUCAGUUCCGAUCCUGGAAAUAACGUACAUUCUGUGUAGAAUUGAUAUGUCCUUUAUCUACAGCUACACAUACAAUUGUAUGCAUCAAUGACAAUUUGUCGUAGAAUUGUUUGGUGUACAAAUUGGUGUGUAUAAGGAAUCAUUACCAAGAACGCAGCCAAAAGAAUUAAAUGUUCUUUCAGUCCAAAGUUAAAAGCUUGCAAGGAAAGCGGGGCAAGAUUAGUUUGAACCUUCAUCUUUACUUUCAAGUGUUCCAUAUAUUAAGCUUUUAAAAGCUUUACACAAUAGAAAAGCUAUAAUAAUCCAAACAGCUUUGCAUAAGCGUUAAAGAGCACAGCAAAUAACAAUAUUUAUUUUUAAUAAACUUUUUUGUUUUGGUCUAAACCCAAAAAUGAUCGGAAAAGGUGUGUUAAUGUGUGUUAAUGUAAUAGCAUACUGCGCAAAAUAUUUACACUUACAGCUAAAAAUGAGUAAAUCUUUGAACGAAUGUACUUCUGUUGUUGAAUAAAACAAAUAAUUAAUAUUCCACAGUUUUUUUAUAACAACAUGAAUAAAAUAUCUAAGGAUUAAUAAUAAAAAGUAAAGAAGAGUUAAACUAUCGAGAAGAUUCCAUAUAUAAGGCAGAUGUCUUCGUUUAAAUUGAGUCUUUUUAAAUUGACAACACUCCAGUGAAGUUAGGCUUGACGUAGAUUAUUAUAAUACUAUGGUUUUUUUAACCGUUUCGUAAUUCGGAUCAAGGGUCCGCCGAGAAGCUGCUUCGCGGGGCCCGAUCUGGAAGGAGUUGAAGUGCAAUAUAAAAACUACUUUUUAUGUCAGAAAAUAUCAACAAUGAAUUCAGUGAGAAGUGAUUUUUUUAACCAAGUUAAAAUAUUGGUAUGUGAAAGUUUACUAAUGAAUAGUGAAGGAUGGUUAUUAGAACUUUACCUUUAACUUUACACUUUAUUAGAGUAUACCUAUUAAAAUUCAAAACAGUACAUACAUUUUGACGAAAAAACAUAAAGGGUAAAGAAUCAUUACUUGGAAAGGGUGUAGCAAAAGGAAAAGUGAAAAAACUAGCAUUCAUAAAACAUAAAAAUGCGGGUUACGCAUGAAAAAAAUGUUCAUACAAAUUUAUACUUUGAAGCUAGGUAGUUCAUUUCGUACCUAAUGAAAUAUCUUUUACAGGUAGGAAAUGCUGCACAGUGGGAAAAUAUUUAUUACGAACGGUGGCCACUACCGUUAUUAUCACUAAUAAACAGCUACUUCAUGUUGAUACUGAAAAGAACAUUAAACAAAACAUAAUAAUAUAACAUAUAAACAUUAAUCUCAAAAUG